CUGUUUUGUAACUUACUAUAGCCGCAAAUCCGCCUUAGAAGCGCAGAAUGCUCUGCACAACAUGAAGAUUCUGCCAGGGAUGCACCAUCCAAUCCAAAUGAAGCCCGCUGAUAGUGAGAAAAACAAUGCAGUGGAGGACAGAAAACUGUUUAUUGGAAUGAUCUCCAAGAAGUGUAACGAGAAUGAUAUCCGACUGAUGUUUUCGCCAUAUGGACAGAUAGAGGAGUGCCGGAUACUCAGAGGCCCUGAUGGACUUAGCCGUGGUUGUGCGUUUGUGACAUUCACAGCCAGACAAAUGGCCCAGUCUGCUAUCAAAUCCAUGCAUCAGUCCCAGACCAUGGAGAUCUACCAUAACAUGAACCCUUCCAUGUGGGGUAAUCUCACUGGACUCAACAGUUUAGGCCCACAGUACUUAGCACUCUACUUACAGUUGCUGCAGCAGUCUGCCUCCACAGGGAAUGCACUCAACAACCUGCACCCUGUUUCAGGUCUUAAUGCUAUGCAGAACCUCGCUGCUUUAGCAGCAGCAGCAACUGCUACACAGGCCACACCUACAGGUUCUAGCGCCAUGACGACAUCUACUAGCCCACUAAGUGCGUUAACAAGCUCAGGCAUGGCAGCACUUAAUGGCAGUCUUGGCUCUGGAAGUCUUUCUAAUGGCUCAGGAAAUACAAUGGAGGCACUGAGCCAGGCCUACUCUGGCAUUCAGCAGUACGCUGCCGCCGCCCUCCCUAGCCUCUACAACCAGACCAUGCUAUCCCAGCAGAAUGUGUCAGCUGCAGGCAGCCAAAAGGAAGGCUUUGUGAGCUACGACAACCCAGUGUCAUCACAGGCAGCCAUCCAGGCAAUGAAUGGUUUCCAGAUUGGUAUGAAAAGGCUGAAGGUGCAGCUGAAGCGCUCAAAGAAUGACAGCAAGCCCUACUGAAGGAGCUGAGACACUACAGGCUUAGUUAGGCAGGGUGGUGUUAUGAUCUCUUCCUGUUUGCCCUAGCAUGUUGGUGUGGCGUCACAGCUCAUCGUCCAGUCCUUGUCUACUGCGCUUCACUGGUGCUUCCAAUUUCACAUUUGACCUUGUAGUUGACGUUGAUUGCCCAAAAGGUUUUGUUGUUUCCUAUGUCCUAUGUGCUGCCAAAAUAGGCACUAGAAAGGUUGCCUCUGAGCAUUUUUGAAUGUUAAAAUUUAUUACAAGCAAAAGAAAAUCUAUUUUUCUAGAAUAAGUAAAAUAACCACUCAAUUAAAAAACAAUUCAGUUUAAUAAGAGUCUCUAGUUUGUUUUUAUUGACUGUACGAUGGAGCAAUUUUUCCAGUGCCUCUCUUUUUUGGUUUUGUUAUGUUUUUUGUGGAAAAGCAGCUAAUCUCUUUAGAUUAUGUUGUAUGUGAGUGCUAGUGUGUGCCUUAUUUAAAAAGAAAAAGAAAAGAAAAAAGUCAAAGAAAUUGGUGAUGACAUGUUGUUGUACUUGUGUAAUUCCUUCUCCUCUGGAGUUCCCUUUUGAGUGAUAUGAGGAGGAAACAUUCAUAAUUGUAAAAAUGUUUUUUUUUCUUUUGACUUAUUGUCUCAAAGCACAUGAUGCUGUUUUACUCUUGUUUCUGCAGAUAAUCGGAUAUAGAGGAGAAUAUUUUGUCAGGCAUGUUUUAGUUUUAUUAACUACACUGAAAUUUUUGAAAAAUAAAAUCAAGAAAAAAUGAAUAUGUUUGUUAAGUUUGCUAAGUUAAAAAAAUAAACUUGUGCCAAAUGUUUUGCGCAAUCAGUAUUCCUCCUUUUUAGGACUUUUGAUUUGAGGUGUUUUUACCAAAUGCAGUCGGU